GAUGCCAGAAUUUUGGAGAAGGGGACAAAUUCAUUGGCAAUGGCGGGUGUUUUAACGGUCACCGCGUCAUCAGUCGGCGUCUGUGGGCGUUUGCUCGCCGUCCUUCCCUCGUUAUCAGCUAGGAGAACUCUUUGCGCUUCUCUAUCAUCGUCCAAAUGCUACUCGAGCAUGGGUUGGAAUUCUCUGCAGUGCAGGACCACUGUGCUGCCGUCGAGAAAGCUUGUAAUUCGAGCUGGCAGAACCGAGUCCAAAGGGGUCACUCUUGGUUUCAGAGCACCGGAUUUCGAGCUUCCGGAGCCGCUCACGGGGAAAGUGUGGAAACUGGACGACUUUGAAUCCUACCCAGCAUUGCUGGUAAUGUUCAUCUGCAACCAUUGUCCAUUCGUUAAACAUUUGAAGAAAGAUAUUGUAAAGCUUUCAAAUUUCUACAUGAAGAAAGGGCUUGCAGUAGUAGCAAUUUCUUCCAAUUCCAUAACUACUCAUCCACAGGACGGACCUGAAUUCAUGGCCGAGGAAGCUAAGAUAUUUAACUAUCCUUUCCCAUAUCUCUAUGAUGAGUCUCAAGAUGUUGCAAGAAACUUUGGAGCUGUUUGCACACCUGAGUUUUUCUUAUUUAAAAAGGAUGGUCGUAGGCCAUUUGAGUUAGUUUACCAUGGCCAAUUUGAUGAUUCACGGCCGAGUAAUAACAUGCCCAUCACAGGAAGGGACUUGAGCUUAGCUAUAGACAGUGUUUUAAGUGGCCAACCAGUACCAUCUAUUCAAAAGCCCAGUGUUGGAUGCAGUAUAAAGUGGAACCCAGAAGUAAAGGCAUAACUGGAGGUGUCUAAAUUACCUUCAAGAAGCCAGACUCAGGCUUGCUUUCAGGUGCAUGAGCUAAACUUUGUAAUGGGGCUGAGUAUCAUUAGACUAUCAGAGCACAGUGAUUCCUCUUCCAACGUUAGUUUUCUGUGGUCAUUUUCCACAUCUUUGUGAGUUCAUUUCCAGAAUUUAACUAUAGACUGGCUGGUGGUGGCUCUGAUUCAUAUUAUUCAAUGUUUUUUUAAUAAUAUUUAGCCUGUAUCUGACUUGUGCUCGAGAUGCACUAGUUUAAGAUUCAUUUUUUUCCUCUCUAACCUCAUGGUUAUUUCAUUACAAGAUGGAUGUCCAGAUAAUUGUUGCUUGGCCAUGCUCAUUUCUUUA